ACCAGAGUCUCUCUUGCUGUUUCCAAAAGCACAAUGGCUACAGUAGCCCAGAAGCACUUUUUGGAAGGGCAGACGUACUCAGUCCCCCUGAUCCAACCGGACUUGCGCAGGGAGGAGGCUGUUCAGCAGGUGGCAGAUGCACUUCAGUAUCUGCAAAAGGUGUCAGGCGAUAUCUUCAACAGGAUCUCUCAGCGGGUGGAGGCCAGCCGGGCACAGCUUCAGGCAAUCGGUGAGAGAGUCACACUCGCCCAAGCGAAGAUUGAGAAGAUAAAGGGCAGCAAGAAGGCUAUUAAGGUAUUUUCCAGUGCCAAGUAUCCAGCCCCUGAACGACUGCAGGAGUACAGUUCAAUUUUUGCUGGUGCAGAAGACCCAGCUAAACAGAAAUGGCCAAGAUACAAGAUUCAGAGCAAACACCGAGUGCUGGAUGAGAAAGCUCUGCAGGAGAAGCUCAAGUAUUUCCCUGUGUGCGUGAGCACCAAAAUUCACCAGGAGGAUGAUGCAGAAGAAGGCCUUGGCAGCCUCCCCAGGAACAUCAGCUCCCUCAGCUCCCUGCUGCUCUUCAACACCACCGAGAACCUGUACAAGAAGUAUGUUUUCCUGGAUCCUCUGGCUGGAGCAGUGACCAAGACUCAUGUGGCUCUGGAAACAGAGACAGAAGAGAAGCUCUUUGAUGCUCCUCUCUCCAUCACCAAAAGGGGACAGCUGGACCGACAGGUAGCUGAAAAUUACUUCUAUGUGCCAGAUCUGGGCCAAGUCCCUGAGAUUGAUGUGCCGUCCUACCUGCCAGACCUGCCUGGCAUCGCUGCGGACCUCAUGUACAGUGCUGAUCUGGGCCCUGGCAUCGCACCGUCUGCCCCUAGCAGUGCUAUUCCAGAGCUGCCCACUUUCAACACUGUGUCAGUGGAGCCUUUGCAACCAGACCCUCAAGAUGCUGAGCUAUUGCCACCACCUCCACCACCACCUCCCCCACCACCUCCUGUUAUGCCAACUACUGUGCCUCCGGCACCACCCCUGCCCCAGCCCACAGCCCUCUCUGAGCCAGCCCGGACAGCGAGCGAGGAGACCAGCAAUGCAGUGCCUGCAGCUUCAGUCCAGGGAGCCCCAAAGGAGGUGGUGAACCCCUCUACUGGGCGUGCCAGUCUCCUGGAGUCCAUCCGCCAGGCUGGUGGCAUUGGGAAGGCCAACCUCCGCAGUGUCAAGGAGAGGAAGCUGGAGAAGAAGAAGCAGAAGGAACAAGAACAAGUGAGAGCUACAGGACAAGGUGGCGAUUUGAUGUCAGACCUCUUCAACAAACUGGUGCUGAGGCGCAAAGGUAUUUCAGGGAAGGGGCCGGGAGCCUCUGGAAAUCCCGAUGCUCCUGGAAGUCCUGCUGGUGCCUUUGCUCGUAUGUCGGACUCAAUACCACCCCUCCCACCCCCACAGCAGCCUGUGGGUGAAGAGGAUGAGGAUGACUGGGAGUCAUAGAUGGGGUCAGCUGUGUGUCAGUGUGAAUCCCAGGACUCUUAAACUAAGCACCUUUGAGAGACACCAGUCUCUGGUAGUACCUCCUGGAGGGUGGGCACUGGCAUGUCAUUCCUUCUUGAAGAAGAGCAGGAGCAACAGGAGCUAACCACUGCUGAGGUUACAGUUACCAAUAUGAGAGUUUUUCCUUCUGCUGUCUGCUCUUCUCCACCCCAAAAAUUACAUUCCAUCUCAAAUGCUGCUGCUGCUGCUCAUGCUGGUGCAAUAAAUCCUGCCUUAGGUGGUAGGCAGUGGGGCAGCCUGUCCUCAGAACUAGUAUUGCUCCUGCUUUAAUGGGCCCUCAGUCUUUCCUAACAUGACUCGUGAUGACUACAAAAGCACCUCUUGCAGGCAAACAGCCCUUGCUGCUUGCUUGCUGAAGCUCCUGUUUGCUUAGUUGUUGCUAGAAGAGAGAAUGAGUGUGUGUGUCCCUGCAUGGAGGUUUAAUUGCUGUGCCUCUGCACACAAUAGUUUAUUUGUUUACCUGGCUUAUGGUAAUUCUUUGCCUGUUGCUGUCUGAAAAAUUUCAAUAAAGGUGAAGGAAGCAGG